GGAGUGAAGCAACCCCCGGCCCGGAAGGAGCUGACGCGACCUGGGUCCGCGGCAGCCAUCGCGCUUUGCAGUUCGGUCUCGAGGGUGUAGGGCUGACCCCAAGCAAAGAAUUGCGUUCUCUCCAAUCGCAGAACCAAACUCGUCAGGAAUUUAAGACCCUAUAAGAUUUGGAUAUGUCCUUCAUAUUUGACUGGAUUUACAGUGGUUUCAGCAGUGUGCUACAGUUUUUAGGAUUAUAUAAGAAAUCUGGUAAAUUGGUAUUUCUUGGAUUGGAUAAUGCAGGAAAGACAACAUUGCUACACAUGCUAAAAGAUGACAGACUUGGACAACAUGUCCCAACGUUACACCCCACCUCAGAAGAACUAACCAUUGCUGGCAUGACCUUUACAACUUUUGAUCUGGGUGGACAUGUUCAAGCUCGAAGAGUUUGGAAAAACUACCUUCCUGCUAUCAAUGGCAUUGUAUUUCUGGUGGAUUGUGCAGACCAUGAAAGACUGUUGGAAUCAAAAGAAGAACUUGAUUCACUAAUGACCGAUGAAACCAUUGCUAAUGUGCCUAUACUGAUUCUUGGGAAUAAGAUCGACAGACCCGAAGCCAUCAGUGAAGAGAGGUUACGGGAGUUGUUUGGUUUAUAUAGUCAGACAACAGGAAAGGGCAGUGUAGCUCUGAAAGAAUUGAACACCCGGCCCUUAGAAGUUUUCAUGUGCAGUGUGCUCAAAAGGCAAGGUUACGGAGAAGGCUUCCGCUGGAUGGCACAGUACAUCGACUAACACCAGCCUGCAUCGGGCCCAGGUCUCGCCAUUCAGGCCUACUCAGAGAUUUGAUUGCUGAACAUGCAUAACUUGAAUUCAAUAGACUUUUGUUGGCUAGAAAACAGAGGUUUUUUAGAUUAUUAAUAUUAUUAUAUCAACUUAAUCUGAGUGAGAAUUGAAAACUGAUUCAAGUAAGUUUGACUAUCACAAUGUUAGCUUUCUAAUUCCAUAAAGAUAAUUAGUUUUUACAGUUUAUAAUCUGACAUUACCCCCAGCGCCAUUUAUAAAGAGCAACAACUUUCCAGCAGCGCAUUUGAAGCACUUUUUAACAACAUGAACCUACAAAUAUAAACCAUAAUUAAAAGCUCAUCAUGUUAAAUUUUUAUGUACCUUUUUGGAACUAGUUUUUAAAUUUUAGAUUAUAUGUCCACCUAUCUUAAGUGUACAGUUAAUAAUUAGCUUAUCGAUGAUUGCAUGAUGCCUUACAGUUUUCAAUAAUUUUUCUUAUGCAAACGUCAUGCAAUAAAACAAACCCUCAUGUUUGGCAUC